AUUUAAAUUUAUUUAUUUCAUUUUUUUUUCUUUUCAUUUGUGAGCAACUUCGUUUGAAAGAGAUUUAUAUUUAUUUUGAGUUGAAGAAAAUAAAUAAAAUAUGGGUGGUGUAUCAAGUCGAGAUAAUAAAUUUCGUAGAUUGACGAUUGAAGAAAAUGCUGUUAUCAAAGAAAUUUGGUCUGGAGUUGAAACAAAUCCUCAGUACCAUGCAAAUGUUAUAUUUCUAAGCUUUUGUGAAGCAUAUCCUCAGUAUACAAAAUAUUUUACAACCGAAACAAAUGUCUCACUGACAAUUGAUGCAUAUACAAGUGCUAAAUUUCGAAUAAUUAUUGAAACUCUUCGGUACUUGCUUAUAGAUUUUAACAAUAAACCCAAUGACUUUGAUAAUUUAAUAAGCUAUGUUGGUAUGAUGCACAAAGACAUGAACCUCACACAAAUAGACAUGAUUAAUUUUGGUGAUUGCUUGGUGAGCUAUUUGACAAAUACAUUCCCAACAAUAAUGACUGAUAAUUAUAGAGAAAUAUUUUUAAAUUAUAUAUACUAUAUUUUAAAUGAAGUUACCAAAAAAAUUCAAGAAUUUCAAUUAGAAGAGUCACUUGAAAUAAAUCAUCAAGAUGAACGAAAAAAAACUUUUGUAAAUAGUUUGUUUCAUAAAGAAAAAUUAAUAUAUGGUCAUAAGAAAAAUUUUUGGAAUGAAAGAAAACGAAAAUGGCAUGAGCGAUUGGAAUUAUGGGAACUUGAAAAUAAUGACAAAGUAAAAGAAAAAAAAUUUCAAUCAUCAUCAUCGUCGUCAUCGUCAUCAUCAUCAAUAUCUUCUGAUGAAAAAUUAACUCCAAAAAAAUCCAAAGCCAAUAUAACAAAUUUAGAACUUCUUGGUUCUGCUGGUAGAUUUCUUGAGUCUUAUGGAAUCACUGUAGCUAAAGAUUCAUUACCCUACGAGCCAAGGGGUCCAAAAGUAGCAAUGAUGCAAGUUAAACGAGCUGCUGAAACUCAUCUUGAAAUUGUCAAUGCAACUAGUCUUGUUCAACAAUUGGAAGCUGAACAAAAAGAUGAUCUUGUAUCUUUAGCAACAAAAGAAGAUUCAUCUGCAAGACAAAGACGUCGUCGUCGUCAACAACGACAUACUGAUAAAUCAUAA